AUGGCCGAUGCCAAUCCGCGGAGACCGCGACGCGCCGCAAAAGCGUGUUCUUUUUGCCGUCGUCGAAAGCUGCGGUGCGAUAACGGGAAGCCCGCUUGUUCUAAUUGCCGGGGAUACGGCAAUGAAUGUGUCUACCCCGCAGAUAUUGUUAGGCAAAGACCCACCAAGGCCCGCCUGUCGCAACUAGAAGCAGAGAACCAACAAUUGCGUCAGCAACUCGGCGCUGUUGAGACUCAAUCUAUCCAUGAAAGUGUAUCGCCCGAACAUAGUCGUGCUUCAUCAAGACAGGAAACGCAAGAGCUUUCCGCUGAUACCCCACGCGAAUCGUCUUGUGGCAGAGAACAACCCGAAGCUAGCACUGUGGAGCAUUCUCAGUCGGCAGUCUCACGCAUCUUCAUCUCGCCGAACGGAGACUCCAGUUAUCAUGGCCUGACCAGCACUCUCUUCGAUGAUGCUCCGACUGACAGACGUGGUCAGGUGCGAUCCACCGAUCAGCAAGUCCCUGCUGAUCAUGUUUCUAAGCGCUUGAUGGGAGAGGCUGCGUAUCAAAGACAACUCGAGGGGUUGAAUAUGCGUCAUGGAAAGUUGGACUUUGACGGUGUCGAUCCGGAACUGGGCAUGCACCUACUAUCUCUUCACUGGAAUCGCCAGCACCAUUCGUUCCUAAUCACAUACCGACCCGCUUUUAUGCGCGACAUGGCCUGUAACGGGCCAUAUUUCUCUAAGCUCCUUCUCAACGCCAUCUACUUCGGUGCUUCGAAGUUCAGCAAUCGACCUGAGAUUCGUCGGGACCCUAACGAUGUGCGCACUGCAGGCUGGACCUUUCGCAUGCGAGUCAAGGAGCUCCUUGGUAGUGCUCUUGAUCGUAGUGAGAUUACCACUAUCCAAGCACUUUUAGUCAUGACCAGCUCAUUGUUCGCAUUGGGUGAUGAGCGCAGUGCUGCCUGGCUGUACGCCGGUACUGCCUUUCGAAUGAUCAUCGAUCUGGGGAUGCACGUCGACGCAACAAUGUUAACAAAUAUGCGUCGGCUCUCCGAUGAAGAUCUAGAAAUCCGCCGACGCGUUUUCUGGGGAGCAUUCGUCGUGGAUAAAAUUCAAUCGCUAUACCAAGGUCGCCCAGCAAGUCUCCAAGACUUCGAUACCAAAGUAUCGCUUUCCUUUCUGGACAACUACGAAGAGCUUGAGGAAUGGCAGCCAUUUGCAUAUUCAGAUGUCGAGUCGUAUCCAGGGUCUCCUGCCUACAGCGUGUCAACGUUCACGCAACUAUGCAAGCUUUCUCUCAUCUUGAACGCGAUCCUGAGCAAAGUCUACUCAGAGCGAAGCUCAGCGCGGUCGCCGGAGGAGCUCCUUGCAACCUUGAAAUUCUUGGAUUUGCAGCUUAAAAACUGGCACGAUGCAAUACCUGAUCACCUGCGAUUCAACCCAAGCACGACUCAGGUUACACCACCGCCACAUGUGGUUUCACUUCUUGCGCUAUAUAACGUCCUCCUGAUCCUUCUCCAUCGACCAUUUGUAGCUGAAGGGCAUCUUCACACCACUGAUCUGUCAGUCGCUAUUACGUCAUUCAGCACAUGCACUGUGGCUGCGAAUCGCAUCAUCCAGCUUCUCCAAGCUUAUGACCACACAUAUUCGAUUCGACGAGCGCCGUAUUUGAUUUCAUAUGCUACGUACGUGGCCGCAACAAUCUUUGUCCGAGUCGCGGCCCAGAAGGAAGGAGGUAGCCGAGCGCAUGCUAGCCUACGGGCCUGCUUCAGCAUUUUCAAGAAAAACCAGGAGACAAAUUGGGCUGUGCGCAGAGCUGGGAACGUCAUUCUCCAUUUGAUGAGCCGGAUGGGUGUGAACUUGGAUACCAAUAGCAACGAAGCUGAUGGACGAAAGCCUACCCGUCCCCUGCAGGAAGUCGUGGCUCUGGAUCAAGCACCCUACAUAUCUGGAGAUGGUUCACACCUAGAUGCGAUGACAGUCGCUAGCUAUGGAACCCCGAGGUCUGGAGAAAUAGAUGACUCAGAACUCGACAUCGACAUGAUAAUCCAGAGCUUCAUUCGACAAGAUAACAGGUCAAAUGAAAGUCAAGUCUACCUUGACAGUGCUGAACAUCCACUUGCAGGGUCUGAAACAACUCCCUUUGGAACACAGGGCAAUAUGGCGCCUGCCGUCAUGCCUCCUUACGAAGAGACUUAUCCUGGGCCACGCUUUGAUGAUGAUAUGCUAUUUGGCUUUAACGGCUCGCUUCAAGAUAGUAUGAUGUAUGACUAG